AUGAGCAUACACUGGUGGUCCUCCCUGAUCCUGCUGUCUAUGCUGGUGGCUCUGGCAGACAACACGGACCCAGACAAGAACAAGGUGAAGGCGUUGAGGAAAAUAAAUCUCAAGAACUCCUCAAACUCCAAUGUCAAGCAGUGUCUGUGGUUUUCCAUGAAAGAGUACAACAAAGAGAGCGAGGACAAGUACGUCUUCCAGGUGGUCAAGAUACUGCAAGUUCAGCUGCAGGUCACAGACCGUAUGGAAUAUUUUAUCGAUGUCGAAAUUGCCCGCAGCAAUUGCAGAAAGCCUUUAAACCACAGUGAAAGCUGUGUCGUUCAGGAAAACUCCAAGCUGGAAAAGAAAACAGUUUGCAGUUUUGUGGUAGGAGCGCUGCCCUGGAAUGGUGAUUUCACUACGGGACAUUAUGCAGGAAUCCCUCACUCUCCCGGGGCCACGCUGCCCAGUCUCGGUAGUGAGGACAACGGCUCCCUGACCGAGCCCGACUCUGUACCAGGACCUAAGCCCCUCCAUGCGCUCAGCACAGGGCCGGGGGCACAGGGACACACGAGACAGAGGCAGAUCCGGGGUUCCCGGGCCCGGAGGAGGCGAGAAUGGGGGUGA